GUCUGAUUUCCCUUUACUCUGUACUGACCUCACGAUUUCGACACUCGUCAAUGGACCUCUGCGUCAGCGGUUUGCCAGUCUUGCGUCCGGUUUACGGAGAAAAUUUUAUUAAGACAUAUAUAUGCGUGUCCGGGUUGUAAGGUCUCGAUUUCUCAUUUAUACCACGCAUUUUAGAUCGAGGGAAGCCAGAACAAAACAGACACUGGACCACUCAACAUUACACGAUGAGGACGACGUCGGAGUUAAAAUGUUUAGAAAUAAUACUCUUAGGGCUUUUAUCUUUGACGGCGUUUGUAACAGCAUGCGGCAGGUGUGGGGUAAGACCGAGCACGAGCAGAUCCAAGAUAAUAGGCGGGUCAGCGGCCACGCCCAACUCUUGGCCAUGGAUGGCCUAUUUAGAGCUCGGGGCGGCCCGGGACAGGUGUAAACCUUCAUGUGGAGGGACCAUCAUUGCUAGACAGUGGAUACUGACUGCAGCUCACUGCCUGUACUCUCCCCAGCAGAUAGGAUGUGGCUCUUCUCGACAAUACAAACCUAACGAAAUCAAAGUAUACCUCGGGGUAGACAAACUAUCAACCUUACGUAGAGAUCCCGCCGUUCUAAAGAUGACCGUGACCAAGGUCCACAUCCACCCUGGUUACAACCGUGGCACACACGACAAUGACAUCGCUCUGCUGAAGCUUUCGUCCAAGGUGAAUUACAACUCAAAGAUCAGUCCUAUUUGCCCAGUGGGACCGUCUCCCAGUGAUGUCAUUCCCGAAGAGACCCCCUGCGCGGUGACGGGCUGGGGGAAAACAAAUACAGCCUCUAGGCUUCCCAGUGACGUACUGAUGCAGGUCACAGUAAAAUAUAUAACAGCUAAAACCUGUCGAAAAAUCUCGCAAUAUCCCGCUGGGGAGAUCACAGAUAACAUGGUGUGUGCGAAAGAUACGGGCAAAGAUUCCUGUCAGGGAGAUUCUGGCGGUCCGCUAGCCUGCCCGUACACAGUGAACGGGAAAACGAUCUGGAAGCAGCUUGGCAUCGUCAGCUUUGGGCGAGGGUGUGCGUUGCCACAGUAUCCGGGGGUGUACACCGACGUCAAUAAGCUAUCCAGGUGGAUUGCCAGGACCAUCUUACUGGGUCCCUGAAAUCAACGGAGCCAAACGAUUACCAAAGACAUAUUUUAACAUUUACAUGUACUCAAAAGUCUACACCAAGUACUGGAGAUACAGAGAACUGGACAAUGAAGCCAACGGAUCACCAAAGACAGAGAGGACUGGACUCAAUCUGAUAAAGCCGACCUUUUCAUGACUUCGUGAAAAUAAACUUGCUGUCUUCCCCCAUCCUCUACCAGGGCCACCAAUUGCUUUUUUUACUAAAUAUCCACAGGUAUAAUAUACCUUGGCAAAUUAAUGACACAAUUCUCUCGAUCUGCUGUGAAAACAGCAGAAAAUUGUGUCUUAAAUUAGCCAGAGAAGCAACAGAUACUUUUGUCAUGAAUUAGACAGAGUCAUAUCUGUGAAUAUUUACCAGUAGUGAAAAAACAAUCUGAGGUCUUGGCGGAGGGUAGGCAUGUUGUCUUCACCGGGUUAUUCAACCCGCUGGGUAUUAUAGCAUCCCUAUGUGUUAAUUUAGUUAUGAUUGUGGUAAUCAUGUUAUUCAUGAUAAAUAAUUCCUCGAAGUAGUAUUAGUCAUUUCCUUUUGUAGAAAUAUUUAAACCUAUAUAUAUCUUAUUCCUACAUGUGCAUAAAUAUAGUAUACCUGUCUGUUCAAAGCAGUUCGUUUUCAGUGUAUAUGAAUUUAGUUUUUAUGGUGGUAAUAUUAUUAAAAAUAU